GAUAUGCGAAUAAGGUCAAAGAGCCAUAUUCACAUAAGCCUCGCGAUGAGGACUUCUACAUGCAGGAUCCGACCGACGGGCGUAUGAAGCCGAACCCAGAACUCCUCAAAGAUCACCUCUUCAAUGAAGGCCGCCUCACAGAAGAGCAGACAGUUUUCAUCUUAGAGGCUGUCACGGAACUCAUGAGCCGCGAGCCUAACAUGCUCAACCUAACCGGACCUGUCACUGUGUGUGGAGACAUCCACGGUCAGUUUUAUGAUCUCAUGAAGGCCUUUGAGAUUGGUGGCAAGUUUACGGAGACAAACUACCUUUUUCUCGGCGACUAUUGCCUUCUCUACCUCUAUACCCUCAAACUCUGGUAUCCAAGCGCGCUCGCCCUCCUCCGGGGAAACCACGAAUGUAGACAUCUAACAGGAUUCUUUACCUUUCGUCG